GCCGGGCGCCGCCCGUGGCCAUGUACACGUUCGUGGUCCGGGACGCGAGCAGCAGCGUGUACGCCGAGGUGUCCCGCCUGCUCCUCGCCACCGGCCAGUGGAAGCGGCUGAAGAGGGACAACCCCCGCUUCAACCUCAUGCUCGGAGAGAGGAACCGCCUCCCCUUCGGAAGGCUCGGUCAUGAACCAGGUUUGGUUCAAUUGGUGAAUUACUACCGAGGUGCCGAUAAACUUUGCCGCAAAGCGUCUUUGGUGAAGUUAAUCAAAACCAGUCCCGAACUGACGGAGUCGUGCACGUGGUUCCCAGAGUCCUAUGUGAUCUAUCCAACCGAUCUGAAGACCCCUGUGGCUCCCGCAGAAAACGGCAUUCGCCAUUUGAUAAACAACUCCAGGACGGAUGAACGGGAAGUCUUCCUGGUUUCCUAUAACCGCAGGAAGGAGAGCAGGGAAGGCAACGUGUGGAUCGCCAAAUCCUCAGCUGGAGCCAAAGGUGAAGGUAUUCUUAUUUCUUCAGAGGCUACAGAACUUCUGGACUUCAUAGAUAAACAAGGGCAGGUGCACGUGAUUCAGAAAUACCUUGAAACGCCAAUGCUUCUGGAGCCAGGUCACCGCAAGUUUGAUAUUAGGAGCUGGGUUCUAGUCGAUCAUCAAUAUAAUAUCUACCUCUACAGAGAAGGCGUGCUGCGAACCUCUUCAGAACCGUACAGUAUCGCCAAUUUUCAGGAUCAGACCUGCCAUUUGACUAAUCACUGCAUUCAGAAAGAACAUUCGAAAAACUACGGAAAGUAUGAAGAGGGGAAUGAGAUGUUCUUUGAGGAGUUCAAUCAGUAUCUAACAAGUGCUCUGAACAUUACCUUGGAAAAUAGUAUCUUGUUGCAAAUCAAACACAUAAUAAGAAGCUGCCUUACGUGUAUAGAGCCUGCAAUCAGCACUAAGCAUCUUCACUACCAGAGUUUCCAGCUCUUUGGCUUUGACUUUAUGGUUGAUGCGGAACUGAAGGUCUGGCUUAUUGAAGUCAACGGAGCCCCCGCGUGUGCCCAGAAAUUGUACGGAGAACUUUGCCAAGGAAUAGUGGAUAUAGCCAUAUCCAGCGUCUUCCCCCUCUCUGAACCCAGGCCAAAGCCGAGCCAGCCGUCGGUAUUUAUCAAGCUGUGACAACGCGACGGCCCCGGGCAUCCUGGGAAUGGAGAACGGCCAACUCGAAGGGAGGGAGAUGGCGCCAGGGGGUAAAGUGAAUUCACGCCGCAAACGGGGAAAGAAGAAGUUCUUCGAAAUGCAUGAGGGUGGAAGGAAACGCACGGAGACUCCCAAAGAGGACACUAGAGAAACCCAGGGGUGCUGCACCCCCAGCCUGGGCAGCUGGGAAAACGUCUUUAAAAAACAACAACAAACCGCCGGGGCAGUUUUCUAAGUAGCAUCUGCCUUCCGUGGUCCCUUAUCCUGGAAAUCUGUCCCUUUGUUGAUAUGCAACGGUUUUCCACUCGCUGCAGGUUUAGUGCCUUAGCCCAUUCCUAGCGGCUAGCUCUCUCGCUCCAGGAGGUCUGAACUCCUCGGAGCAUCCAAGUUAGCCGUCGGGAAGAAGACAGUAACUUAACUCAGCAGCCGCAGGUCUGACCCGUUCUCAGAGCCACAAAGUCCGCUCCGGGAUAAGGAGAUCAACGAUUUAUCACCCUCCUUCCGAGUCAGUGCUCUAUCGGAAAAAGGAAAUUCUCAAAUAGAUGUAAGGAAAACCAUAUAGUCCUUUGCUUCUGGUGUCUAGAAAAGAUAAAAUGUCUCCCUUUUCCCUACACGCGUAUCAGUAGCUAGCAAACGAUGAUGCUCGGAACUCUCUCUCCAGGUUGAGGAUUCGUUUUGUUUUUCUUUUCGUCUCCUUUGACUAAAUCAAAGAAAAUUUCCCUUUCGGUUGCGUUUUCCACUGCUGCCGUUUUUCAAGCCUCUAGGAGGAAAACCUGCCGUUUUUUCAUUUCCUGUCUUCCCGAUCGGGGCCGUUGGCUUUUCUUUCACCCAGGGAGUCAGCAGAGUGUUAAUCCCGUGAGGCUGCAGAGCACUGUCAGUCAUGAAGUCGAUUACAAAUCGAUCAGGAAGAGAGAAAAAAGGUCUGGUGAUUUUUAAAGGUAACCUUCUCCCGAAGGGCCUAGUUUUUGUGUUUUGGGGUUUUUUUUGACACGAAGGAGACAACUGUAUUUGGGUCGGACCAAAUCAGUGGUGUCUCUUUGUCCUGUCUCUUUGAAAGACUAGAAAGGAGGCCGGAACGGAAGCGGAGGAAAUGUUACAGGUCUCAUCUGUGUUCUGCGUUUCAUCUGUUAUUGUAACAAGGAAUAAAAGUGAUUGAAUGUACCCUGUUAAUAAUGUUCAAAACCUCACCAUUGGCCCUCCGGUCUAAUCCGAGAAAGAUCUCUUUAGGAAAACGUCCUGUUUCUUUUUGCUGCGGUGCAUUUCAGUUCUGAGGCUCACCCACCUAACUGAAACAUUUAAGCUUUUUCAGUCAGCGGGAUUUUUUUUUUAAAUUAUGAAUGGAAUGAAACACGGCAACUGGCAAGAAGAAGCAGAGUGAUUUGUCAGAACUGAUUUUCACUUUGGAUUGCUUGGACAGCGGACUACCCGGACAAGUUCCCAAAGUGAUCUUGGAUUCAGAAUGACAGCAGAACCUUCCUUUCGGGAAAGACAGCGAUGCCUCAUCUUCAGGAUUCCGUAAGCGUCGGUACUGUUUGGGUGAAUCGAAAACUCACCUUUUUGUCACUUUUUCCACCGCUGUUUUCCGAGUCUCUAGAGGACUUUUGGUUUUUGUCGCAGGAAGGUGUCUGAGGCCUAUCCCUGGGUCCUGAAAAUUGCCAAAUUGCAAUUUUGGCUCAUCUGGGAGCUCUUCCUGUUCCCUCUUGGAAAAGUGAGAGUGUUAAGGCCGUACGGGCGGCCCCUGAUUUCUUUACCCCUUUUUCACUGGGCAGUUUGCAAGGAUCUUGUGUCCCGGGUAUGUAUUUCCACCUAUGCAGGAACUCCGACCCAGCCUUUCUUAUGUCCUCCCCAUAAUUGUUGGACGGCGGGGGCGGGGGGGCUCUCAAAUUCAACCCUAACAACCAAAGCCGGUUGCUCCCGUGAGUGAGGGCGGAGCGUAAUGGAAAGAACGCAGGCCCGGGAGUCGGGAGACCUGGAUUCUAAUUCCAACUCUGCCACUUUCC